CUCAAACUCUUAGCAACCAAGUCCAUUUUUUCUGGUUUCAGCUAUAGUUUUUGCAAUGACAUUGUUCAUUUUCAAUCUCUGUUUGGCUUUGCUAUUUGCUGCUUCAGUUUUCGCCAAGCCAGAAGUUUACAUCCAAAAUGGCAACUUUGAGGAGAAGCCAGACCCAAGAUUCCUGAAGAAAACAAGAAUCAUUGGGAAAUAUUCAUUGCCAAAAUGGGAGAUCAAUGGUUUUGUUGAGUAUAUCAGUGGUGGACCACAACCUGGAGGAAUGUACUUUCCAGUGACACAUGGAGAGCAUGCUGUGAGGCUUGGCAAUGAAGCCUCAAUAUCCCAAACCAUCAAAGUCAUACCUGGUCACUGGUAUGCUCUAAUACUAGGAGCCUCAAGGACUUGUGCUCAAGAUGAAGUUUUGAGAAUCUCAGUGCCUCCACAUAAGGGUGAUGUUCCUCUUCAGACACUUUAUAGCCUCAAUGGUGAUGUUAUAGCUUGGGGAUUCAAGGCCGCUUCUAAUUUCACCAAAGUGACAUUCCUCAACCCUGGAGUUCAAGAAGACCCUGCUUGUGGUCCUCUCUUGGAUGCUGUUGCCAUCAGAGAGUUCAUCCCUCCAAAGCCUACAAGAACUAAUUUGGUGAAAAAUCCUGGGUUUGAGGAGGGUCCAUUCCCAAUUUUCAAAUCAAACAAUGGAGUUUUACUUCCACCUAUGCAGCAAGAUUAUAUGUCUCCACUCCCUGGUUGGAUUAUCGAAUCUCUCAAAGCCAUAAAGUUCAUUGAUUCGAAGCAUUUUAAUGUCCCAUAUGGGAAGGCAGCAGUGGAGCUAGUUGCAGGAAGGGAAGGUGCCAUUGCUCAAAUCCUCAGAACAGUUCCAAACAAAAUCUACAAGAUGGUGUUUACAGUUGGCGACGCCAGGAAUGGAUGUCAUGGAUCAAUGAUGGUUGAGGCUUUUGCCGCGAAAGAGAAACUUCAAGUUCAAUUCACUUCUAAAGGAAAGGGUAAAUUCAAGACUGCAAGUUUCAAGUUCAAGGCAAUCGCAAACAGAACCAGAAUAACAUUCUACAGCUCUUUCUAUCAUACAAGAAUUAAUGACUAUGGUUCUCUUUGUGGCCCUGUUCUUGAUCAAGUCAUGGUGUACCCUGUUGCCUAAAGCAUUUAACCCUAUAAUCCUAGCCAGUGAGAUUUCUGUGUUGUACAAGUUGUGUGACGAUGAAUAUAUUCUCUAGUUCCCAAAACUAUUCAAUCUUCUAAGUUCAUCAUACACUUAAAAGAUGGCAUUGUAUUGCAAGUUGAGUUGCAUAACCCUGUUCACAAGUAUAAUUUAUAUUAAAUGUAACUUUUUAUUUUACUCUCUCCAAUCAAUAUUCAUCUUUUCAGUGAUGAAGGUAAUAAA